AUGAAGGCCCAUAUUUGCUACUGGCAUAACUGCGGCAAAAGCUUCACGCGUGCAGAGCAUUUGCGCCGGCAUGCCCUAAAUCAUGACCCUUCCCAGAAAGGGUACACCUAUCGCCAUAUGAUGCGCCACGCAAAGCGGGAUGACGAGGCUGGUGGCCCUGGACUGGGAGUCCUGGGGACUAGGAAACGAACCCGUCGCACUGACAAUGGGUCGAUUAUUACUCGCUCCCCCAAACGACAGUCGCGUCGUCAGAGUGCGAUGGCUGUAUCUUCGUCAUCUAUUCCCGUCCCUUCUCAAGAUCGCGACAACGUAGGUAUCGAGCUUGAUGACCAUCUACCUGAUGGUGCUCCGGUAUCCCCCCCUGGCUCAGCGAGUGAUCCGCCCUCUAUAGCUAUUGAUGAGAUCGAUCCGCUGCUGGCGCCUAUCAUGCCCUGUGGCCCCUUUGAGCCCUAUGUGGAACCAGUCCCCGGCCAGUUCGAUGCAGCCGAUGGAUCCUGGAGUUUAGGGUUAGAUGGGACUGUGGAGUCUUUUAGUAUGGAUACAGCGACCAACUUCAACAUGCCGUUCGCCGCUUCACACAACUACAACUGGCUGUUUGACGUGCGUUCUCUCGAUGACGACUUGAAUCCGCUCGACCCACCCCUUGACUCGGAGAUGGUUACCUUUGAUAAUAUAGUCACCCUCGAGCGCGGCCCUAGAGAUGCUUCACAUGAGUCUAGCCAACUUUUCGGAGAUGGUUCAUCGGUGCUUCUCCAGGCAGCGUCGUUUGUCGAGCGUGGCACACAAGAAGGAUGCUCCCAGCUCAUGGACCUUCCGCCCACAAUGGCAGUCCCAGUUCCAGAUUUGGUUGGCACGGGAUGGAUGAACCGCCCAGCCAUUCUGGACUCCAACCCCCAACCUCCUCUACCGCGACUAGAGGAUGACGCCCGUCUUCGUAUUCUUACCCUUGUCGCUCAAGCACAACCUGUUGGUGUUGAUGGCCAUCCUAUAGCGCUUGACUCACCCUUACUGUCUCUUUCAGCCUUGCAAGGAUAUUGUGACCUUUUCUUCACUCGCUUCAAUACCAUCUACCCGCUGAUCCAUCAGCCAACCUUCGAUGCCAACACUGUCGACACAGUCUUCCUUGUCGCCAUUCUGACCAUGGGAGCCACCUACAGCAGCUGGGAAGCUCAUCAACUUGCCGUCGGCAUCCAUAACGCUUUACGGAAUCAGCUUUUCUGCCAUGCGGACUUCUCCCCGCAUCCGGACCUGUGGAUUCUCCAAGCAAUGCUCCUCAUUGACUGUUUUGGCAAGAUGCGCGCAGGCCAUAAACAGCGUGAGCGAGCACAGCUCUUCCACUGUGUCCUAAUCAAACUUAUCCGGCGCAGUAAUUGCUGUACUAUCGGCACACCGACGCGGACUUUGUCCUUGCGGCCAGGAGAUCUAUCUGAGUCUUGGCGACAGGCAAUGGACGCUGAACAGCGCAAACGACUGGCUAUGUACUGCUUUAUUUGGGAUACGCAGCAUGCAGCCCUUUUCUCUCAGUCACUGUGCAUGUCGGCGUUUGAGAUCCGGUCCUCCUUGCCCUGUAGCUCUGCUGUGUGGCAGGCUUCAACUCCUGAGGACUGGGCCCAGUAUAUGGUGCGAGAACCGGACUAUUCCUUUCUUUCUGUGCUGAAGGGGUACAUCACUCCUGGUUCGGUAGCACUACCACGCGAUCUGAACGCUAUUGCGAGGAUCGUAAUAUUGCACGGAUUAAUGUCUGUAUCAGCCGAUCUCAAACGACGUGACCAGACCAUCCUUCGUUCAGAAACUCCAGAAAAGAUGGGGACUUGGAUACCGCGAAUGUGCCGAUCGUAUGAUCUCUGGAAAGUCGAUUUCGAUGCAGACUGCCUCGCGAUGAAGCUGAAUCAGACUGCUGAUCAACGCCAAUUUACGGGGUCCAAAACUGCUGGUGAUGUGUUAUACCAUGCUGCACAUAUAUCGCUGAAUGUGGAGGUGCUCGAUCUGCAAAUAACUGCAGGGGCGACGCACAUACUGGGGAGACCAGUCAAUUCAUAUGAUAGAGAAAGAUCACGCAGAAACGUACUAGGAUGGCUACAUGGGGGGAGAGGAGCGGCGCCCGUAGCUGCGAGGCACGCCUCGAGUUUGUUGCAGGACGCCGUGCUGAGUCUCCAUGACUGGGAACAAACGGAUGCGUUCCAUUUCCCGUGGUGCUUGUACCUGGCCACCUUGACAUGUUGGGCGUUCCACAGGGGAAUGGACCAUGAGGUUAAGGAUAAAACCACGAUAGAUCUGUCAUCCUUAAUAGUGACUAUGACGACGUGUUCGAGUAUGAGUGAGUUGACGGCUCUAAGUGGGAAGUAUGAGACAAAGGCGUUAGUGAUGGCUAUGGCGCAGCAAUUGGCGACGGUGCGCUGGGAGGUGGUACGUGACGCUAUGAAAGUGCUGGUGAAGUUGUCUAAAUAA